ACGAGACGCAGCUGCAACCUACCCCAAAUCCCUCCGCCGCCGCCGCCGCCGCCACUGCUGCCGGCGCAAUGCUCCGCCUCCGUGGCUGCAUCGUCUCCCACCUCUCCUCUCCGGCCGCCUUCCGCGUCUCUUCGCCCCACCGCCUCCUCUCCGCCGACGCGGCCCCCAUUUCCCCGAGCCAGCGCUUCGCCGUGGAGGAGUACCUGGUCGACACCUGCGGCCUCACCCGCGCCCAGGCGCUCAAGGCCUCCACGAAGCUCUCCCACCUCAAGUCCCCCGCCAACCCCGACGCCGUGCUCGCCUUCCUCGCCGGCCUCGGCCUCUCCGGCGCCGACAUCGCCGCCGCCGUCGCCAAGGACCCGCGGCUGCUCUGCGCGGGCGUGGACAGGACCCUGGCCUCCAACGUCGUCGGACUCACCGGCCUCGGCCUGUCCGGCUCCGACGUCGCGCUCCUCGCCACCAUCGCCGGCGAGCCCUUCCGGUUCAAGUCCAUCGUCCCCAAGCUGCAGUACUACCUGCCCCUCUUCGGCUCCUCCGAGAACUUCCUCCGGGCCCUCAGGAAGAGCUCCCACCUGCUCACGUCCAACCGCAACAGGGUCGUCGAGCCCAACGUCGCGCUCCUGCGGGAGUGCGGACUGGCUGCUUGCGACAUUGCCAAGCUGUGUAUGGUCGUGCCAAGGAUCCUCACCGCAAAUCCAGAGCUCGUCCGGGAGAUGGUGGCAUGCGCCGAAGCUCUAGGCGUGCCCCGCGGCUCUGGGAUGUUUAGGCAAGCGCUGCAGGCUGUCUCGUUCAAAAGCGAGGACAAGAUCGCCGCCAAAGCCAACUACUUGAAGAAGAUAUUCAGGUGGUCUGAUGCCCAAGUGAGCCAUGCUGUGUGCAAGGCUCCGAUUGUGCUGAGGAAGUCAAACAGCUCGCUGCAGCAAAGGUCCGAGUUCUUCCUCUCUGAGAUGGGGCUUGAACCGGCUUACAUUGCUCAUCGCCCGGCAUUGCUCUCUUACAGCAUGGAGGGCCGACUCAGGCCCAGGUACUAUGUUAUCCAGUUCCUUAAGGCAAAUGGAUUGCUAGGUCAGUACCGGGACUACUAUAAUAUAGUCAUGCUGAGCGAUAAAGUAUUUAUGGAGAGGUUCAUAUGCCCUCACAAGAAGGCUGCACCACACCUUGCUAAAGACUAUGCAACUGCUUGCAAAGGGGAAGUGCCAGCUAAUUUCAGAUUUACAUGAACCAAGAAGAGGCUAUGGAAAUUUGUAACAUGUGUAUGGCGCAACAAAGUUUUCACUCUGCAUUGUAUGCUGCGCCAAAAAUAGCUGUGGGUCAACUCGCGUCCGUGAAUCCCUGCUUGACACACUCUUAAGACUCACAAGAACACCUUACAGGUAUUCUGACAUCUAUGGCCUCUAUCACACACAGAUCUACUGGAUUCACUGUAUUUUCUAUUAUUGCAGAUGUGACUGCCUUCUCUGUCACUGUCAGUAUAACAUUCUGUAAAAAGUAAUUGUCUCCUUCCCUCAUCACAGUUACUCGUCAUACAUUCUAUUGGGGUGAUCAUUGAAAUCCAGAGAUAUGAUCUAGAACUUGGCAUUUUCUUUUGCCAUAAAAGUGCCUUCCCUCAUCACAGAGAGUUGCUCGUCGCAGAGUCUAUUGGGGUCUACACAAGCAAGAGGAUGGGUGGUGGCUAGCGCGGGCGCGUUGCUCACCGAAGCCAUGCGUUAUCAUCAUCAAGGUAUUCGAGGCCUAGCGAAUGUAAUGAUCUUCAAAGAUGCCGAUCCUACAAUCAUUGGCCUGCUCGACCACCAAUUGAAGCCUCAUAGCUUGGAGGUUUCUUGCAUUGUGGUUUCUCAAAUUUGGCUUGUUUGGUUGCGUUGUCGAAAGUCACUGGCUUUUGCAUGGCGAGCAUGGUGUUGGAUUUGUAAUGGGCGGCCAUUUACUUUGUAUCAUUGUCAUCUCAUUUUGUUCUCAUGUAAGAACGUCAGUUAGCCCUUUUGGGCAAUACCACCUCUGCCCGUUAAGCAACAAUAGUGGAGCUCGACAACUUGUAGCAUGAACAUUUAGCACAUCUAAUUUUAGAUUUUAUAUCUUU